AUAUAUUCACAGGGCAAUGAAUGCAGCUGGCCGUCGUCGGGGCUUGAGUCUGAAUAUUUCCCCGCUGAUAGACAGUAGAAGAACCUUCUGAUCUUCAGGGCUCACUAUAUUUUAACUAUGGUUUCCUUAUAUUUUCCUCAAUGUGUAGUGAGUUUUGUCCUCUUUGCCCAGGCUGUGGGUGCAAUGGACACUUUUAUUGCUGCUGUAUACGAGCAUGCUGUUAUAUUGCCAAACAAAACAGAAAGUCCUGUUUCCAACGAAGAGGCUUUGCUCCUGAUAAACAAGAACAUAGACAUUUUGGAGAAUGCAAUCAAGUUGGCGGCCAGACAGGGCGCCCAUAUCAUUGUGACCCCAGAAGAUGGGAUCUAUGGCUGGAUCUUCACCAGGGAGACUAUUUACCCCUACCUAGAGGAUAUACCAGACCCCGAAGUGAACUGGAUUCCCUGUAGAGACCCUAAGAGGUUUGGCUUCACACCAGUCCAGGAGAGACUCAGCUGCCUCGCCAAGGAGAACUCUAUCUAUAUUGUGGCAAAUAUUGGGGACAAGAAGCCAUGUAAUACUACUGAUCCUCAGUGUCCCCGGGAUGGCCGUUACCAAUAUAAUACCAACGUGGUCUUCGAUUCUGAGGGUAGGCUAACAGCCCGCUACCAUAAGUACAAUCUUUUUGAACCAGAGAUUCAGUUUGACUUCCCCAAGGAUUCAGAGCUGGUGACCUUUGACACUCCCUUUGGGAAGUUUGGUGUCUUCACUUGCUUUGACAUUUUUUCUUAUGACCCAGCCGUGAUGGUUGUGAAGGACUCCCGGGUUGACAGUGUUCUCCUGCCCACGGCGUGGUACAACACGCUGCCCCUGCUUUCAGCAGUUCCAUUCCAUUCAGCGUGGGCCAGAGCCAUGGGGGUCAACGUGCUUGCUGCAAACACCCACAACACCAGAAUGCACAUGACAGGGAGUGGAAUCUACAGCCCCGACGCCGUCAGAGUGUACUACUACGACAUGGAGACAGAGAACGGCCAGCUGCUGCUGUCUGAGUUGAGGUCGCGGCCCCGCCAGCAUGGCUUCCCUGCAGAAGUUGACUGGAGCGCUUAUGCCAGGACCGUGAAGCCGUUCUCAUCGGAGCAGGCAGACUUCCAGGGGACAAUUUAUUUUGAUGAAUUCAGCUUCACCAAGCUUAUGGGAAGUGCUGGCAAUUACACAGUUUGCCAAAAAGACCUGUGCUGUCACCUGACUUACAAGAUGUCUGAGAGCCGAAUGGAUGAGGCAUAUGUCCUGGGUGCCUUUGACGGACUCCAUACAGUGGAAGGCCAGUAUUACUUACAGAUAUGCACAUUGCUGAAGUGUCAAACCACCAACUUGAGAACUUGUGGGGAACCCGUGGGGUCAGCGUUUACAAAGUUUGAAGAAUUCUCUCUCAGUGGCACCUUUGGGACGAAAUAUGUUUUCCCACAGAUCGUCCUAAGCGGGAGUCAACUUGCCCUGGAAAGAUAUUAUGAAGUCUCAAGAGAUGGUCGCCUGAGGAGCCGAGGUGGAGCCCCUUUGCCUGUCUUAGUGAUGGCACUGUAUGGAAGGGUGUUUGAGAGGGACCCUCCGCGCUUAGGACAGGGACCUGGGAAGGUGCAAUGAUCCCCUUCAUCGGGGGCUGUCAGGAUUAGCCUGGCAAAACGCUGGGCUGUCAAUGAGAGAGAACAGGGAUCUGCAUAAGAAGAUACAACGUAAGCUGCUGAAAUGACAAAUCACAUGAAACAAGCAAUAAAAU